AUGAUGACCGCAGCUGCCUGGAUCGUUAUUGGGCUAGCCCUCUCCCACAUCUACCCCGCCAUUGCCAUCGGAACAGAGGCAGAUGCUCUACUUCACAGUGGGUGGUGGCCUGACCCAGUUACGAGCAAUGCAUCCUUAUCCCAUUGCGCGUGGCUUGGCAUUUCAUGCGACGAUUCAGGAAGCGUCAUCAAAAUAGACAUGCCACCACGAGGCCGUUACAACUACCAGGCUGCAAGUAACUUGAGCAGCAUGAAUUUCUCUCUUCUUCCAAAUCUCAACUCUCUUCUGCUGCCUGAUAAUUUCCUCGUUGGUACCAUUCCCCUUCAAAUAUGUGCACUCCUAAAUCUUAGGCAUCUCAACUUGGCCCACAAUGAGCUUACAGGUGAGUUACCUCUCUGUCUCCAAAACCUCACCAUGUUAGAAGUUAUUGACAUGCAUAAUAAUCGAAUCAAUAGUACUAUCCCUCCCAAAUUGGGAAAUCUAAAGAGGCUGAUCGACCUGAAUCUCAGUUACAAUGGGCUUAAUGGCACAAUCCCUCCCAGUCUUGGUCUCUUGUCGAAUUUACGUAGCCUCAUACUCUGCCAUAAUAAGUUGGAUGGCUUCGUUCCCCUCGAGAUUAGGAACUGCGUGAACUUGCAUCACGUUGACCUGCAUGGAAACUUAUUCACCGGUUCCAUUCCCUCGUCUCUAUUGAAACUGAGGAACUUGACACGUCUCGCUUUGCGAAUAAACUCCUUCAAUGGAACUAUUCCUCCGGAAAUAGGGAAUUUGACCAACUUGGCAUAUCUGAGUAUGGAAGGGAACAAACUCAGCGGAUUGAUCCCGUUAGAAAUCGGUAAUCUAAAGAGUUUGAUUGAGUUGAAUCUUAGCUCAAACUCCUUCACUUGCCCCAUCCCUUCAUCUCUAGCCCAUUUAACCAGCUUGAAGGUACUAAAUUUACAUGAUAAUGUAUUAGAUUGCGUCAUUCCAUCUGAAAUAGGAGAUUUAAAGAGUCUCACUCAUCUAGAUUUGAGCUCGAACAACUUCUUUGGAAAAAUCCCUCGUGAACUUGAGAGUUUGGUCAUGUUAAGCUAUCUCAAUCUUGAGAACAAUUCUCUGCAUGGUUCAAUUCCCAAAUUCAAACGGCUUCUCAACUUGGACCAUAUCGACUUGUCGUACAAUCAUCUCACGGGAAAAAUUCCAGAUAAUCUGGCCAAUGUUCGCUAUAGAGCUUUCCAUGGCAAUGAAGGUUUGAAAAAGAUUGAUAGUUCCAAAAGAACGUCUAAGGUUAUGCUUGUGACGGUAUUUGUACCACUGAUGGCUAUAGCAUUGACUGUUCUUGGGUCUUGCUUCAUAUUUCGACAUAGAAGGAAGAGCAUGCAAUCAAAGACAGUACAAAAAGAUGGAGAUUUCUUGUCAAUAUGGAAUUAUGAUGGAAAAAUUGCAUAUGAAGACAUAAUCAAUGCAACAGAAGAUUUUGACAUUAAAUAUUGUAUUGGGAGUGGUGGUUAUGGUAGUAUCUAUAGAGUGCGAUUGCCGAAUGGAAAAAUUGUGGCAUUGAAGAAACUUCACCGAUUUGAAGCAGAGGAUCCAGCUUUUGAUAAGAGCUUCCGAAAUGAAGUGAAAUACUUGACAGAAGUACGACAUAGAAGCAUAAUUAAGCUUCAUGGUUUCUGUUUACACAAGCGAUGUAUGUUUUUGAUUUAUGAGUACAUGGAAAGAGGGAGUCUUUUUUGUGCUUUGAGAGAUGACGUUGAAGCAGUGGAACUAGAUUGGUCUAAAAGACUCAACAUUCUUUGGGACAUGGCACAUGCCUUGUCUUACCUGCAUCACGAUUGCACUCGGCCAAUUGUUCAUCGAGACAUAUCUACCAACAACAUUUUGCUUGACAACAAAAUGCAGGCUUUCCUAUCAGAUUUUGGCACGGCAAGACUCCUUAAACCUAAUUUCUCAUCUAAUUUCACAGCAAAUAUUGCAGGCACUAGUGGAUAUAUAGCACCAGGUGAGCAGCAAUCCUUUACACUUUUCUAG